GUGAGCUGCUGCUGCCCAAGUGAUCACUCGUCCCAAGCCACUCGCUCACUCACUAUGGGCGUUUCCAGCUUUGGCAACAAGAUAAGAUAGCUCACAGGAGCAUGAGCCACGGGGCAAUGGGAGGGCGCUGCUUCCUGAACCUCCUCCCCUGCUCCACGACCCCCUGCAAAGACAGCGUCGGCGUCGGCGUCGGCACGCCCGGUUCGUCGUCAUGCCGCCACUCCGUCCACCACCACCGCGCCAGAGCGCGCGGCCCGAGGAGAAACGCGGCCGCCAGGGUGUCCUGCUCCGCCGCCGCCGCGCAGGCGCCGCCGUCGCAGAGCACAAUCAAGGUGGUCAUCGUCGGCGCGACCAAGGAGAUGGGGAGGGCGGCGAUCGCGGCGGUGAGCAGGGCGCGGGGGAUGGAGCUCGCGGGCGCCAUUGACACCCAGUGCAUCGGGAUGGAUGCAGGAGAGCUAAGCGGCAUGGAAGAAGCCCUGGAGAUCCCGGUGCUCAAUGACCUCACCAUGGUCCUCGGCUCCAUAGCACAGACAAGAGCAACUGGUGUGGUUGUUGACUUCAGUGAACCUUCAUCCGUCUAUGACAAUGUCAAGCAGGCAGCAGCAUUUGGCUUAAGCAGUGUCGUAUACGUUCCGAAAAUCGAGAUGGAUACAGUAACUGAACUGUCAGCAUUCUGCGACAAGGCAAGCAUGGGUUGCCUGGUCGCGCCAACGCUGUCAAUCGGCUCGGUGCUCCUUCAGCAAGCUGCAAUCCAGGCCUCAUUCCACUACAACAACGUCGAGAUAGUGGAAUCAAGACCUAACCCAUCGGACUUGCCAUCGCCAGAUGCGAUACAGAUUGCGAAUAACAUAUCUGAUCUUGGUCAGAUCUACAACAGACAAGAUAUGGAUUCCGAUAAUCCAGCAAGAGGUCAGGUACUUGGAGAAGAUGGGGUGCGUGUGCACAGCAUGGUUCUUCCAGGGCUUGCGUCGAGCACGUCGGUCGUUUUGUCGGGCCCCGGAGAGGUUUACACCUUGAAGCAUGAUGUUACAGACAUCCAGAGCCUAAUGCCAGGACUGAUUCUGGCAAUACGGAAGGUGAUACGCCUGAAGAACUUGAUUUAUGGUCUGGAGAAGUUCUUGUAGGAAAUGAUCAAGUCACAUUCACAUAUCAUGAGAACUAGAGGUCAUUUUUUCGAGGAAGAGAACUACAGUUUUUGAUCUUCCAGCUGUUCACCAUAAGAGAUAAAUAGGAUUAAAUCAAUUCCUUGGCUCAUAAUCAGAUAAGUGCCAACGACAAAGCGGAUCCGAGACCUAAGAACGCGAUGCAGAGUUUCGAAAAGAAUGGCUCCAUGCAUAAGAUGACACUUCUGAUAGAGGUCUAGACAAUGAGCAAGCUGAUGACAAGCUCUCAUGUUUAUACCUGGUGGCUUACUAUACUGUUAGAGGCUUUUUCAGAACCAUACUCAUAGAGAUAAAUGAUACCGGUCACGCUAUGAUGCGGGUCCUUUCCGGUGUA